AUGGCAGAAACAUCAAAAACCAGUGAUCAAAUUCAUGCGAAACUUCCAAUCUUUGACGACAGCAAUUAUGAAAGAUGGACAGUGCAAAUGAAGGUUGUCUUUAGGUAUCAGGGUGUUCUAGAUGUCAUUCGUAGUGGAGUGACACCGCUUGACGAAACACCAACGGAGGCGGCGAGGGAAACUCGCCGUGAACAAAUGAAGAAAGACGACAAGGCGAUAUACUUCCUCCAUCAAUGUGUAGAUUCGAAUUUCUUGGAAAAGAUAAUUGAAUAUGAGACGGCCAAAGAAGCUUGGGAUGUUCUUGCAACCACUUACGCCAGCGAUAGACAAACCAAGGAGGUGAAAUUGAUGGCUUUAAGGCGUCAAUUAGGUCAAUUGCAAAUGGAACCAAAUGAGACAGUAGCACAAUUCCUGAUCAGGUUAACUAUACUAACCAACCAGAUGAAGAGUUGCGGUAAAGCAGUUACUGGUUCAAUGAAGGUUGAAAGGUUAUCACGGGACCUAGACACGUCGAAAUUGGAACAAUUAAUAUGUUCUUUAGAAGCUCAUGAAUUGAAAUUGAAGAAUAGAGAUGGUGUCAAGAAAUAUGAGAGAGAAACUGAGAAGGCAUUGUUUACACAAUCUCAGAAAAAAGGAAGUGGUAGUAAUGAAUCUUGGAAGAGGAAAGGUAAAGGAAAGUGGAAGAGUAACAAGAAUGAGGGUGGAGAUUCUAAGCAAGAAUCUCAGAAGAAAUGA